AUGAGCGAGAGCGAGAGAACUCGGGCACCAACCCCGGCCACCACCCACCCAACGCAACCACCGGUGACAUUUGUGCCCCCAAUGACUAACCCCGAUGCCAGGGCGCUAGCCCUAGCCGCCUCCCACCCGACGCAUGCGCUUGUCACCAUCAUGGCCUCCACAGCCAACUCUGAUGCACCAAGGGAUGAGUCGAUUAGGCUCUUCCAGUCCGAUGCCACAGCGGAGGACUCCCGCAACGAUCUAGACUGGGGAUCUAUUGAUGAUGAAGAUGGUGCCUUCAAAAAUCUUGAUCCAAAGGAAGGUAAGUUUCAGGGGGUCGAUCUAGAUCUAAAACAGGAGGAUCAGGCUCCUAUGGCGCUCCCCACAUGUUGCCCAUCUUCGGCACCCCAUGAGGUCGCGCCGGUGGCUAUUGAUGCUCUGGGGAGUACAACUAGUGCUCUAGAGAGUGUCACUUGCCCCGGGGUGGUGCUACCAAUGGGAAGCAUUCAAGUGGCCACCUUCAAGCAUGUAGAAGCAGUAAGGGAGGAGACGCAUCUAGGCCUUGGCUCAGACACCGAAUCAGAUGAGGGCAUAGGAGAUGCCUUAACUUUGCCUGACACACAGGCAGGUGUCCAGGGCACGCGUGCCAUCACCACUACAACACAGGAUUACAAGAAGAAGUUUCACUCCAAACCUAAAGUUGACUUGCUUCCAAAAGCAUCGUCAAAAGGAGUAGAUAUGUUCAAUGGAAGAAAACUGCAGAAGAAGAGUGCAGUGGAUUCUAAUGAUGUUGAAAGUAGUGGGACUUCUACCAAGCACAGCAAGGCUAUUAGUACUGAAGGAAUGGGAGGAGGAAGAGGAAGACAAAGGGGAAGGAGUAGGAGGCCUUCUACUGCAUAUCGUCCCAUGCUCCAUGAGAUGGAUAAGCUACCCCCUGGUUUUAUCUAA